GCUCCCUCCCCGGCGCCGGCGGCCUCUCCGCCGCCGCCGCCUCCCCGCCCAGCCGGCCGGCGUACAGGCCGAGGGCCCUCCAUCUCGCGAUUAUCUGCUGCUCCGUCUCGAAUCGAAUCGAAUCGAACUCAAGAUUCUUGGUGCUAGAUGUCACCUUCUGUUCUACAGCCUGGGGUGCCUGCGACUUUGCAAGAGCUUGAGCCUUCCUCAGAGAUGUUCAGACAAGGAGCAUCCCUAAGAGUAACAGGAAUGCUUCAGUCAUAUGAUUUGAGCUCUGCAAUUGCUGUUAUUCAAGAUGGAGGUGCCAGCCUGAAGGUUGACACUCAACAUUUGAGGGACAUCAACUUCCGCACUAAUUCGACUUACCAGUUCAUUGGUGAACUCCUGAUCAAACCAGAUAAUGAUGCCAUUUUGCAAGCGCGCAUAGGUAGGAACGUCGACGGUAUUGACCUGAACCUCUACCAGCAGUCUUUGCUCAUCCGGCGACAAUACGAAGCCCAACUACGUUCCAGGAGAGCAUGAUCCAAAGCCUUGUGAAUCAAGAACAUGAUACUUGUUCAAUCUCUCUGCUUGACUUCAAUGAUUCCCAGUUGCUGACAGGAACUGAGUGUGUCCUGACUAAAUCUCUGAAGACUGAUGAUGCCAGUAGCACUAGGAUUACCAUAAACAUUGGUGAUGAGAAUUGGGACGUAGAGCAAUUUAUCUGGCUGUUUUCACGCCCGGAGCAUUUUCUGCUGCAUGACUUUGUUAAGGAACAUGUACUUUCAAAUUUUCAUCAAAAUGAUGCAGCGAACAAGUGUCUUGUCUAACAUAAUUUAUUAGUUUAGAUAGUGAAGUGUGAAACAGAAACAAGGUAGUGGCAGAAGAGUAUCAAUUUGCAUAAAUUUGUCUAGACGAAACCAAUGAUCAG